CAAGUGCCGUUAUAAUGACUGGAAGGUUGGCAUCUUCUGUAAUCACGCUUCUGUGAGGUCGGGUUGUGGAAUGGCCUGAAGCCGGGAGUUCUGUGUGGUGGACCAGUUCAUGUUGACGGAACGUCCGCACUAAGCUUGCCAUCAAUAUGGGUGCCAUGGAGGAGUCCUUGGCAUUCAGGUUGGCUAAGGAGGGAUGAACCGGGCCAGGGGUGAAAACCAGCAGCCAAGAGUUCCCGUGGUAGACAGUAGUGGGAUAGCGUACCGGAGUGAAAUGCCACUACCAGCCCGGUUAAUACGGUUGGACCACAAUCUUUUUGCAAUUAUUUUUACUUUACGGGGUUUUUAUUAAUUGUUAGAAUUGUUUAUUUGAAAUUAUUAUUUCUGUUAUUUGACCGUAUGCUUGUGAAUUUUUAGUUAAAAUCCCCUUAAUUCAACUGUCACUCGACUUUUUUCAAAAUCAAGUAGACAGUAAUAAUUCUACCUAAGGGUGUAUUCCAAAACAACAUAUUGAAUAAAUCAGACGAAUUUUGUUAAUUAAUUAAUUUUUAUUAAUUAAAAUGGUUAAUUUUUAAAUUUGUACACCUUAUUUAUCAAAUCUUGCUUUUAGUGUAAUAUUUGUAAUGUCGGCAGUUAUGUAUAUAUUUAAAACUCUAGCGGAAAUUAUUUGCCGGUAAAAUACAACACUGCACAUCUAAUAUGGAAAGAAAUAAAUAAGGUGAUAUUGUAAAUUAGGCGGUUAGAUGCGUCCUAAAGCAGGAGACAAAUUUUAUUUGACUAUUUUUUAUUGAAUUUUAUUAAAAUGGACGCUUUGGACAUGGAAAUGCUUAAGCUACAUGGUGAAGUUUCGACCGAAACCGAUAUAAAUGAUUCAUUCGACAUAAAUGGAAACACUGACGCUCUGGAUAAAGCACUAAUCCAAUAUAUAACCACCGCAAGCAGGUUACUUUUUGUUGAGCGCGAGGAAACCUGGAAUGAGUUCCAUGAAUCUCAUUUGUAUAACACAGAAGAAUUAAAUAAAUACAGCGUAGAACAACUGUGCGAUCACUUCCAACGAAAAGUUUUACCGAAUAUUAAUACGUACGAAUUGACACCGAUACAAAAACAAAUGUUGAAAUUAUUGGAUUUACAUCCAGAAUAUGAACGGACACCCAAUGGCUAUGCACGCAUGUCCGUCGAUCGACGCAUUGGCUUUAACAGAUUAAAUAAAGAAGGCGAAGAUUUUUUAUUGGUCAAACAGCCGCAUCAAUUGCGCCAACUGUUGAAAGAAUUUCCCGUAACCGACAAACAAUUUGAUACGAAUGAAGAAUUCGAUUUAACGAAGCCAACGCAUGCGCCAACUCACACCCUAUUGUUACGUUGCCCCUAUGAGCGCCAAGGUGCUGGCUAUGAUUAUAAGUUUACUAAAGAAAACGCUGCACUACUAUCGGCUGCGCUAUCCAAUGACUUCGAAUUAUCCGGCCGAGCAUUGUUGGAACCAAAGGAACUGCAUAAGCGUUUGCGAGAGGCAAAGCGCAAUUUCGAACAACACGCACGGAUGCCCGAAAACUGUGUAGAAGCAGAUAAAUUAGUCGAAAAAGUUAAAAAGCUCAAAACUCUACGUGAAGCUGUAGUGGAUGUAGUGGCCGAUCGAUUUUAAUAUAUUUUACCAUUAAUUCUUCAUUUUGAUUAAAUAAACUAUUCAAAUAAAAUGAAUUUAUAUAGUGACCGUUUAA